GUUCAAAGCAAAGUUACCAAUCUCUUUAAAGUUGGAUCAUGUGGUUGGAGACAUUGACUGCAGCACUCUGCAGUUUUUCCUCUCAGUCUGUUGUAUUAGUUUGAUAUCACCAGUUUGCAGUUAUGCCGAACACCUCAGAGCACCUGGUUCUGGAGAACUUCAUCGGAGGGAAGUUCGUCCCUUGUCGGAGCCACAUCGACUCCUACGACCCGUCCAUCGGAGAGGUCUACUGCAGAGUGCCUGACAGCGGCAAAGAGGAGGUGGAUGCGGCGGUGGCGGCAGCUCAAAAAGCCUUCCCCGGCUGGUCCGCCCGCAGCCCAGAGCAGCGAGCAGAAGUCCUCAACAAGCUGGCCGACCUGUUGGAAGCCAACCUGGAGGAGUUCGUCCAAGCCGAGACCAGAGACCAAGGUAAAACCUUAACAUUUGCACGGACUGUGGACAUUCCCCGAUCUGCGCACAACUUCCGCUUCUUUGCCUCAUCGGUGCUCCACCACACCACCGACUGCUGUCAGAUGGACCACAUGGGCUGCCUGAACUACACUGUCCGCUGCCCUGUGGGAGUGGCUGGUCUGAUCAGCCCCUGGAAUCUCCCCCUGUACCUGCUGACCUGGAAGAUCGCACCUGCAAUUGCUACAGGCAACACAGUGGUGGCAAAACCCAGCGAGAUGACCUCCGUGACUGCCUGGAUGAUGUGCAAGUUGAUGAAGGAGGCUGGUGUUCCUCCAGGAGUAGUCAACAUCGUAUUUGGUACUGGCCCGAAAGCAGGUGACGCCCUCGUAGGCCAUCCUGACGUCCCAUUGGUCUCCUUCACUGGUUCCACGGCAACUGCCCAGCGCAUCACAGAGCGGAGCGCCCCUUACUGUAAGAAGCUCUCACUGGAACUGGGAGGUAAAAACCCUGCCAUUAUUUUUGCUGAUGCAGACCUGGACAAGUGCAUUGAGACCACGAUUCGCUCCAGCUUCAACAAUCAGGGAGAAAUCUGCUUGUGCACCAGCAGGAUUUAUGUAGAGAGAAGUAUUUACUCUGAGUUCCUGGAGAGGUUUGUGGCUGCAGCUAAGAAGGUGAAGACCGGCGCGCCCUCUGACCCCAGCAACAACAACGGAGCGCUCAUCAGCAAAGAGCACCUGGCGAAGGUUAGGAGCUACGUAGCACUCGCCAAAUCUGAGGGUGGCAUCGUCCACUGUGGCGAGGGGGUUGACCCACUGGACCUCCCUAAGCGUAACGCCAACGGCUACUUCAUGAACGCCACCGUCAUCUCAGGCAUGUCCGACAGCUCCCGCGUCAUGCAGGAGGAGAUCUUCGGCCCCGUCACCUGCGUCAGCCCCUUUGACACAGAGGACGAGGCCGUUUCCAAGGGCAACGGCGUGCGUUUCGGUCUGUCGGCCACCGUGUGGUCCCGGGAUGUGGGGAAGGUUCACCGGGUGGCCACGCGGCUGCAGGCCGGUCUGGUGUGGACCAACUGCUGGUUGGUGAGGGAUCUGAACCUGCCUUUUGGAGGGAUGAAGCACUCUGGCGUGGGCAGGGAGGGAGGGAAGGAUUCCUACCACUUCUUCACUGAGGUGAAAACAAUCGCGAUCAAACACUGAGGGAGGAAAGAUUGAGGCAAGAUUGGGGAAAAGUUUUGCAGACAUUCAUCAACCUCUGUCGGCAUACUCUUUCAAAGACAACCUCCCACCCUCUCAGAUUGCUGGAGCCUGUAAUUAAGUCACAUUUCUAGAAUACAAAAAGUCAGAGAAAGUCACAGUGCAACAAUACAGACGAAUAAACAACAAGCAGAGAUCCAAUAGAAAUGUCAAGUGAAGAGGAAAUAUUUCACAGUGCAAAACACUGCAAUAUUCAUACCUUUCUUCAUUAGUUCUUUGCUGAAUAUUUUAAACCACCUUUUUCUACUGUUGAGCAGUUUGGAAAUGCUUCGAGUAGUGCAUGUUAGGGCUUCAAAUUUGGAAAAGUACAGACCAGACAAGGUGAAACCAGAUAAGGCACAAACUCAUUUAUUGCCCAUUUCAAGAAAAAUAAGUACAUUUUAUGAAGGAACAACAUCCUCUAAAAGUUCGCACUACAGGUCCGUGUUUUUGCAUGUCAUGUUCAGGAAGUAAUUCUGAAAAGAAGGCAUGCAAACACUGAUAAUAGAAAAGUGAAAAGGUUCCAGUGAAGCAGGAAACACAAGGAAAGUGGGCACAGUGCGUGCCUCAGGCUAACCAAACCGUAUAAACAAAUCACUGUCAAAUCAAACUGGUAUUUCUUCAGCUGUUUUGUAACUCAGCUGUUGACUCAAAUUAAAAAAAACUUAUAUAAAUGCCAAAA